AUGGAUAUGUCCGUUACUGUCGGCAAUGCGAAACACAGUUUGAACUUCAAGUUGAUUUAUUCAUUCAUUACAGGAAGGAGCAUCACAUGCUUUGGCAAUAGGUCCCUCUCACUUCUUCACUCAACCAUUGCAGUCUGCCCUAAACAUGCAGAGUACUGGAUCACUGAAUUGUGGGAGUUUUUAAAGGAUCCGACCCAGGAGAGCUCCGCUCAACACCUUCAAAGUCUUCUUAGGGGCCUAGAGAUGUUUGAACCGUCAAAGUUAGAAGAAACUGUUGAUGUUUCUACUGGAAAACUUGUCGAGGAGGUUUUUGAGGAUAUCAUCAAUGUCACUUUCGACAUAGAAAAUUCUGUUGUGGAAUGCCACUGCAGCUCAACUUGGGAGAGGGAAGCUGCGGCUCGCGCACAGGUUCACGCCAUGGCCUAUGAAGCGUUGUCACAUUUUACUCGUCUUCUGCAAGGCAUAUGUAUUGUCAAUGUGGAGCUGCAGGAUAGCGGCGAUACGUCAACGUUUGUUCAGCGAACUGCUGGCGAAUGA